UCGAAAUGACUGACCACAAAACUGACAUGGUUGUCACAGUGCUAGCCUCGCUGUGUUUUCUGGUCACUUUUAUCCAAGCUUCUGAUAGUCACAUCGUUGGAAUACCAAGCAUUGGAACAAGUCAUGGACUUGUUUACGUCAAAAUCGGACGAGAACUUGCCAAGAGAGGUUACAGGUACAGUCUUGUUGUACCAACCUGGCAAGCGAAUGAAAUAGGACCCAGUUUGUAUGGCAUUGCAGUGAAAUCUUAUAACUCUCAAACAAAUGCGGAUGAUCUGGAAAAAGUGAUAAUAAGAGAAGCAGAAGGCAAGCUAAAUAUCACCGAGAGAAAUGAUUUUUGGAAGUCUACGUGCGAGAGUUUGCUGAGUGACAGAGCUCUGUUGAAAAGCCUGGAACCGGUAGACUUGAUUGUUUGUGAUAUCACAAGCAUAUGUUGUGCUAUUGUGGCAGAUUUGCUGAAAGUGAAUCGCGUUGACUUGGCUCCCAUCGGAUUUGUAGAUCCCUAUGUGAGUUUCAUUCACAACUUUCCUUCCCCUGUGGCCUAUGUUCCGCACGGAACUGUCAAACUUCCCAAGAGGAUGUCAUUUUUAGACAGGUUACAAAACCUGUUAUUGUACAUCUUGGGGUAUGUUAUGCACGAGUUUGUUUUCAUGCCACCCUUUGAAGAUCUGUGGAGGACUCAUGUCAAAGACAGUAAGUUUUCUAGUCUCAGUGAAGUAUUCAGAGCCACAGGAUUGUUAAUAAUUCCACAUGACUUUGCUUUGGAUUUUCCAAGGCCUUUUGGAGCCCAUGUGAAAGUGGUUGGGCCCAUACUUCCCGAAGAGCCUAAACCACUUCCGGAAGACACAGAGAAUUUCAUCUCUCAUGGAGAAUUAAAAGAACUAGUUGUUGUUUCAUUUGGGACUGUCAUUUCAAAUUUCAAACCAGAGUUUGUUGAUACCAUAGCAAAAGGGCUUAUGCAGGUUCCAUCUAAGGUGAUAUGGAAAUACAAUGGUGACUUGAACUUACUACCUCAAAACAUGAGCAAAAAUGUCAGAAUAGUACCGUGGAUGAAGCAAAAUUAUCUACUGGGACAUACAGCUACAAAGGUGUUUUUUACUCAUGGGGGUUUAAACAGUGUCCUUGAGGGUGCUUAUCAUGGGACACCCAUGGUUGUUUUGCCUCUAUUUGGUGACCAACCUGCGAAUGCCAUGAAAGUUUAUGAGGCUGGUAUUGGUGUGAUACUGGACUUGCAAAAGUUAACUCCAAAUGUGGUAACAAAUGCAUUGCUUGAAGUUCUCAGAAAUUCCAGUUACAAAGAAAAUGCUGUAAGAGUUUCCAGAUUGAUUCGUCACAGGAGAGUCACACCAACUGAAGAAGCCUGUGACUGGAUUGAAUAUGGGCUUUAUAACAAAGCAGGAUUGCAUUUAAGGAGUGAAGCUGACAACUUGUACUUUUUCCAAAUUUAUCUCCUAGAUGUGUUUCUUUUUGUAGGAAUGAUUGUUGUCUGUUUUAUGAUUUUGUUCUACUUUUGUCUGAAGUAUUGCUUACAACACAUCAUACAAAAGUGCUCUAAAAAAUCAAAGGCAGAGUAGAUUUAAAAAAAAAUUACAUUUUAGAAUUCAGAAAAAGUGACAAAACACUUUUAAAUUUUUUUCUCAUUUGCAUUUAGUUCAUUAGAUAUACGUUCUCCGGAUUGAAGGUAGAUAAUUUGCAAUUAACAUCACUAUCUCAAAAGAAACUAUUAAGCAAAUUAUGAAUUAAAUAAAUAGCCAAAUGAUUGUGGUACAAAAAUAACAGUUUAAUGACUUUAUAAGCCUGUCAUCACUGCAAAAGUUAAAUGUUUUGGAAUUCUCAAGUAAAUGGUCAGUCAAAAAAAUUUCAAUUUUCUUUUAUGCCUAAAAUCUCUUACUUAUUUUAUCCUAUUUCCCAUUUACUUGAGAUGGAAUGAAGACCCUCCCAUUGGCUAGCUAUGAGGCUGUGUGCUGCUGGUUACCUUUCUGGGGUGGAUCCAGGGGUGGUUAGGUUGAACCCCCCUAACUUAUCACUCAGAACGCUGGAAAUCAUAUUUCUGAAGACCUAAUUUUCAAAAUCUCGGACC